AUGUAUUUUGACAUUUUUAGUUACACUCAACUUGUCGAUAUUAAAAAUACACUAGCUACAUGAUCCUGUAGCACCAAGAGGAAUAAAUACGGACAAGGAGGGACAGCCUGGCGUUUGGGGAAUUUAAGUUCCUGCCAACCAACCCAAAACCCAAAAAAAAAUAUAUCUUAACAAAACUUUUGCCGGCGAUUAAACAAGUUUAUGGUGAAGCUGCGCUUUAAACUCCCGUUAUAAACAUGCUCAAGCGACAGCGUUGCGAAGACUUCGAUACAUUCGUGCCACAAACCAAGAAGCUCAUUAGCGAAAAAUUUGUGGACCAGGCGGACCAAAAUAAAAUGACCAAAAUUCAUGUCGAAAGAUGCCAAAACCGGUGGAAAUCUCUGCGUGACCGAUAUGUUAGAGAAAUUAAAACCGAUGCUAGCAGUGAUUGGAGGCAUAUGGAAGAUUUGAACUUUUUACAGGAUUGCAUAACAAUCAGGAAAAAUUAUUCAUCUAACUCUUCAGCAAAAUCUCGUGACACAACGAGAACUCUAAAAGAAGAGUCACAGGAUGAAAACUUUUAUAAUAACGACAGUUUUGCAUCCGAGGAAGAACCAUGUAAUUCAUCACUAAAGAGACCUUGCGAUGAUGACAUAGAUUAUAUGUUUGAAGAACAAGAUGUAACUGAGAGUCCAACCGCAGCGAAAACAUUUUUAGUUGAAGCUUUGAUAGAACCGCCAAUAAAUGAGCCACUAAUUAGUCAGUCAUAUCGAAGAGCAGAACGUUCAAAACCAAGUGCUCAUGCCCCGAACGCACAGGCGAAAUUCGAUUCUUUGGUUGGAACUUUAAAUGAAUACAUUAAAGGGCGUAUAAAGGAAAGGGAGAAAACCAACAACAGUGAUUUCUUCGGGUUACUGGAUACAUAUCUUGCAAAAUUGCCAGGAACGGAGCAAGAUAAACUAAAAGCUGAUAUUUUAAUUAUGGUUCUAAAUAAAACAAAAGAGUGUUAAAUGUUAUUUUCUUCUCAGACAAAUAAAUCUACUGAUGAAAUUCAUGGAAUUCAUUUACAUUAUAUUGGAAAUAAUUCUAACUCAUAGGAUUUAAAUAUGUGCAAUUUUCUAUUAAAUUUAAAAACGUAAUAAUACCUACUGUAUUAUAUGCGCAUUGGUAAAUACAUUAGCCGCUAAUAAAUGUAAGCAAAUA